AUGCACUUCUCGCUCCUCGCCAUCUCCGCAGCCAUUGCCCUGCCCCUGGCCAGUGCCUACCCCGUCAACGCCGACGAUCUCCAUUGCCGCUCCGGUCCUGGCACCAACUACGGCAUCGUGAAGUCCUACAAGCGCGGAACCGACCUCAGCAUCACCUGCCAGGCCGCCGGCACCGACGUCAACGGUGACAAGCUCUGGGACAAGACCUCCGACGGCUGCUACGUGAGCGACUACUAUGUCAAGACCGGCUCCAGCAGCUACGUUACCAAGCACUGCGAUGGCAGCUCCGGCGGCGGCAGCAGCGGUGGCAACCUGCCCGGCCUGACUGCUACUCAGUCCAAGCACGCCAAGGAGAUCAUCGCCGAGGCCAAGCGUGAGGAUUUGGGUCUUCACGGCUGCUCUGCCGGUAUUGCGACUGCCCUUGUUGAGUCGAACAUCCUGAUCUAUGCCAACAAGGCUGUCCCCUCUUCCCUCAACUACCCUCACGACGCUGUUGGCUCGGACCACGACAGCGUUGGUAUCUUCCAGCAGCGCGCCAUGUACUACCCCGACAUUGCCGCUGAUAUGGAUGCCGCCAAGUCUGCUGCCCAGUUCUUCAAGAAGAUGAAGAACGUUAGUGGCUGGAAGUCUAUGGCUGUUGGAACCCUCUGCCAGAAGGUGCAGGGCUCCGCUUAUCCUACUCGCUAUGCUGAGCGUGUUUCUGAGGCUGAGAAGAUCUGCAAAGCAGGUGGCAUUUAA